CCUAGCUAGUGUGAUCGGUGAAAGUGACUGAAGGAAGACAUGGAGAACGGCGUGAUGAGAAAGAAGAAGAAGAGACCAAGAGUGUCAAGAUAUGCCGAUUGGUCCAACCUUUCCCCCGAUGUUUUGCGCAAGAUCUUCGAAACCUUAAGGAACCCUGUUGAUUCACACCGAGCAAAAAGAGUUUGUUCGAAUUGGUACUCAGUGUGGAAAACAUGCGCGAACAAGCCCCCGUGUCCAGGGCGGAUCAUACACCUAGGUGAUUCUCCCACCGUAGAAGAAAACACAGUAAAACUCGGACGGCUCACCCACAAUAGCUAUUGUAUGGCUACCUUCGGAAACUGGCUCCUCAUGGUUGAUCUUGGUCUCCAUUUCUAUAUUUUGAACUUUUCAACGCGGAGAAGGAUCAAUCUUCCAUCAAUGCACUCACCAAUACGUGGCGGGAAAGUAACCUUCGAACCAGGAUCGGGGUACUUCUUGGGGCCUAAUUCUCGUAAGGAUAAAGUGCCGUCUGACUUUGACGCCGUUGAAUGGAAAAACUCGGUAGCUGUUCUGUGGAUUGACGAGACAACGGGUGAGUAUGUGGUUGCUUGGACUUUCAAACAGCAUUACUUGUUCACAUACAAGAACGGAGAUGGUUCGUGGUGUAAUCUGAAUCACGAUGGGAGAAGUAUGGUUUUGUUUGACAUGGCUUGUGAGAAAAAUAAGCUUUAUCUUUACACAGCUAAUCAUCACAUCAGGAUUUUCGAUUUCUUUGAAUAUUAUCCCACAGCGGAAAAUUUCUCAAACCAGUAUUGGAAUCAUCCGUUUGACUUCGUUGAGCAAGAGUGGGAAUACGUUUGGAAGAGGAAACUAGCGAUUCGUGAAUCAGGUGAGGUUCUGAUCAUCUUGAGCCUUAAGCAAGUGUUGUAUGAAGAGGCACUUUUGUUUUACAUCUUUAAGAUGAAUCUUGAGAGUUUCAAGUGGGAAAGAGUUUAUUCUAUUGGAGAUGAGAUGUUGAGUUUUGGUCAUGGGGUUACAGUAGCUCUUUCUCUUGAAGAUUUGGGUUGUGGAACCAAGCGUGAUUCUAUCUAUUUCGUCGACAAAGAUGUUUGGCCAGACCAUCAAGAUCAUGAACAUCGUGUUUCCAACUGCGGUGUCUUUGAUAUUGCCACAGGUAUAGUAGAAUGGCCUAAGCAAUCCUAUUUUUCCAUAAACAAAACUCAGUGGUUUGUUGGGGUAGUUGCUUAUUAG